AUGGCUCCCAACGUCAAUAUCGGCGCCAAAGCCGUGCAGGGCGAUGUCCAGGUCGCCCAAGCUGAGGCACCUCGCUUCGAGCGAGUAUCGUGGACCAAGGAGCCUCACUUGCGCAAGCUCUACGCGUACGCCGUCGUGCUCAUGGUCGCAUCCGCCACCACCGGUUACGACGGUAUGCUGGUCAACACGUCCCAGCAGAUCAAGAAGUGGGAGGACUACUUCAGCGACGACAUCGUCAAGAACGACAACAAGCUCGGCAUCCUCAUCAACAUGUUCAACAUUGGCUCCAUCAUCUCAUUCUUCAUCACCCCAUGGGUCGCUGAUCACUGGGGUCGUCGGAUCGCCAUCAUGAUUGGUUGCUUGUUUAUGAUCCUCGGCGGUUGCUUGACUGCCUUCUGCAAUGGCUACGGCAUGUACAUCGGUGGCCGCUUCCUGCUCGGUUUUGGCAAUUCGCUCUCUCAGAUGUCCUCUCCUCUGCUUCUGACCGAGAUCUGCCACCCACAGCACCGUGGACCCGUCACCGCCAUCUACAACUGUCUCUGGAACCUGGGCGCCCUCAUCGUCUCAUGUAUUGGCUGGGGCACUGCCAGCAUUCCCAACGACUGGUCGUGGAGGUCCAUCACCUUCAUCCAGAUCGUCCCCUCGGUCAUCCAGCUCACCUUCAUCUGGUGGAUCCCCGAGUCCCCUCGCUUCCUCGUCAACAAGGACCGCCAUGAAGAGGCCCUUCAAACCCUGGCCAAGUGGCAUGCAGGUGGCGACGUGCACAACUCGACCGUCCAGUUCGAGUUCCGCGAGAUCAAGGAGACCAUCCUGCUUGAGAAGAACGCCGACCGUGCCACCUCCUACCUCGACUUCCUCCGCACCAAGGGCAACCGGUGGCGCCUGGCCAUCAUCAUCUCCCUCGGUGUCAUCUCGCAGUACUCUGGCAAUGCUCUGUUCUCCAACUACAUGAACACGGUCUACGAGGGUGCCGGUAUCAAGGAUCAGAACCAGAAGCUCGCCCUUUCCACCGGCAAGACCAUUCUUGAUCUUAUCGUCACCAUCAGCGCUGCCUUGUCGGUUGACAAGUUCGGUCGCCGUCCCCUCUUUUUGAUCUCCGUCUUUGGCAUGGUCGGGUCUUUCGUCCUGUGGACCAUUACUGGAGCCGUCUAUGACAACUCCAACGAGACGAACACUGCAGCUGGCUACACGCAGCUCGUCUUCAUCUGGCUCUUUGGCGUGUUCUACGACAUCGGUUUCUCCGGCCUGCUUGUCGCCUACGCCCUCGAGGUCUUGCCAUUCCACCUCCGCGCCAAGGGUAUGAUGAUCAUGAACAUCACUGUCCAGGCUAUUCUGGCUAUUGGAAACCAAACCAACAAGUUGGCCUGGGACCGCCUGCCCAACCACUGGAACUUCAUGCUCUUCUACACCCUAUGGGACCUGGUCGAGCUUGUGUUUGUGUGGUUCUUCUACGUCGAGACCAAGGGCCCAACCCUCGAGGAGAUCGCUCGCAUCUUUGACGGUGACGAUGCUGUCGCCCACAUCGAUCUGCGCCAGGUCGAGAAGGACAUCCACGCCGAGCAUGAGGACGACAUGAUGAUGCAGCAGAUGCGUAAUGGUAAAACUGCUGCCUAA